AAUGGGCCCGAGGAUGGAGACCUGCUGCCGGCGCGUCCUGCUGCUGGUCACUGUGGCCGCCGCAGCCACCGCGGUGCCUUCUCAACACAAGACGCUGAGCUAUGAAGAGGCCAUUGCCCUGGCCGUCGAUUUCUACAACCAAGGGUCAGGCAUCGACCAUGCCUUCCGGCUCCUUAAAGCGGACCCACAGCCUGAGUGGGACAUGACGUCUAACCCUCGGCAGGAGCUGAAGUUCAUGGUUAAAGAGACCGUGUGCCCGGUGUCAGAGAACCUCAACGGGACCGAAUGUGACUUCAGAGACAAUGGGGUGGUCAGAGACUGUUCAGGGUUCUUCUCCACCCAGCAGGAGUCGCCCAUAGUCAUCAUCAACUGCAACACUGUGACCCAGGAGGAUACUCACAUCAGGAGGUCCAGGAGCCCAAGACGUAACCGGCGGCUUCGUCGCUGGCACCUGCCUGGCUCCUACUCACUCAUCGCCCAUGGCGGAGGCAAAGGCAAAGGCAAAGGCAGUAGAUUACAAGUGGCCUGAUGGGAAGAGGCCUGGGCAUCCACACGGCAGCUUCGGCGACUCCUGCUUUGUUGCAACCCUUGUUGCUUUGUUCCUUCCGUUUCUGUUCUCAGUUUACUCCUGACACCAUGUCAUGUUCUUCUGCACCAGAUGUGGACUGGCUACCGAGCUUCCUUAUACCCACCACAUGUGUUCAUCAUAAGACCCUUCAAUGCUUUGCCGGGUGGUAUUUGACCCACAGGUGUGGCUACAAGGUAUUAAAUAAAA